UCAAAUGUGUCACUUCCGUCAUCAAUCAAUGGCUGCGAUUGUCAAAAGGUCAAUAGUUUCAGGAAGGGAGCACUUUCCUUUUUAUUUAUCGCUCUAAUAAGUUUAAUAUACUCUAAAAAUAAAAUCACAAAAGAUCUCACAACACAGCAAAAUGGAAAGUUCCAGCGCUGAUGAAGCUAAGACUGUGCAGCUACUUGCUAAAGGUAUCAUGGAGAUGUAUGAACCACCUUUAACAACAAUCAAUACUCAUUUAAAGGAAUUAACGGAAAAGCAAGAUGCAGUCCAGGGUAUGCUCACGUCAGAGAGGAGAAGGCUAGAAGAUUUACAGAAUGAUGUCAUGCUAGACGCACUGCUGGCAGACAUAGCAACAAACAGAGAGAAACUGGUCACCAUAUCAAACUCCAUGAUGACUUUGCACAAAAGGGUUCAAUCUUUACAGACAAGGGCAGCUAAUGUGGAGAAAGCAGCUAAAUUGAAGGCAGCUAACAAACCUGGACCGUCCAGCAGUUAGUAGAUAACCACAACUUGAAGGAAACAAAAAUAAAAAAUUGCGUCUCGGAACAGUUAGCAUGAAGUGAAGGUGCGUGAACUGUUAACCGCGAGCCGCCAUUAAGAUUGGUGCGUUCUAUAAAUCCACGUACUUUCUAGGUUUUUGUCUAUGUUAAGCUUAAUUCACGUUUUUAAAGUAAUUGCGGCCCUUUUCAUCUACUGCCUUUAGUCACAAUACUUAUAUUUUUUCUCUUAAAAUAAUAGACUUCAGUUAUAGUUAUUUGUUCCUAUGUGUUAUUGUUGAUUAUGUAUUGUUGAACAUAUUUAAAUAUUUAUUUAAUAGAGAAUCAAUUAAACUCUGGACUGCUAAAGCAUAAUGUACUGUUACUUUUAUAUUUAGUUUGUUUUGUAUGUGCUACAUAUCUUCUCGAUUUAAGUGAAUCUUAAUUAUAAUUAUGUUAAAUAUUACUGCUCACGUGAAAUAAAAUGCCAGAAAUAAACAAAAGAACAUAGUAUGUCCAAUUUCUAAUAUCAAAAACUUAUUUUGG